AUGGCCCCCAGCAAUCUGCCCGCGGUUUUCAACCCCACGUCUUCGGACAUCGAGAUGCUCCUCGCCGCCCAGUGCCAUCUGGGAAGCAAGAACCUUCAGGUGCACAUGGAGCCGUACCUCUGGAAGACCAGGCCCGACGGUGUCAAUGUCAUCAACAUUGGCAAGACCUGGGAGAAGAUUGUCCUUGCUGCCAGGAUCAUUGUCGCCAUCGACAACCCGGCUGACAUUUGCGUUAUCUCCGCCCGUCCCUAUGGCCAGCGUGCGGUCCUCAAGUUCGCCGCCCACACUGGUGCUGUCGCCAUUGCCGGCCGCUUCACCCCCGGUAACUUCACCAACUACAUCACCCGCUCCUUCAAGGAGCCUCGCCUGAUCAUCGUCACCGACCCGCGCACCGACGCCCAGGCCAUUAAGGAGGCCUCCUACGUCAACAUCCCCGUCAUUGCUCUCUGCGACACUGACUCCCCCACCGAGUACGUCGAUGUCGCCAUCCCCACCAACAACAAGGGCCGCCACGCCAUCGGUCUGAUCUGGUGGAUGCUCGCCCGUGAGGUCCUCCGCCUCCGCGGCACGCUCGCGACCCGUGAGACCGAGUGGGACGUCAUGACCGAUCUGUACUUCUACCGCGAUCCCGAGGCCGAGGAGAACAAGGAUUCCGCCGGCAUUGAGGAGGCCAAGGUUCCCGGCGCUGAUGAGGUCGGUGCCGGCCCCGUCGAGUCUGGCUUCGCCAACGAGUGGGAAGUCAGCGGCGCGUCUGCUGGUGCCUUUGCUGCUGCUAGCGGUACUGCUGCUGGCGCCAGCUGGGAUGCUGACGGUGGUGACUGGGCUGCCAGCGGUGCUCAGGAGGGUGCUGCCGGCGAGACCGCACAGUGGUAA